AUGUCUCUGCGUCUGGUUCUGAUUUGCCUGGCCAUUUUGGCAAUGGUUUACGCCCAGCCCGCUCCAGGAGCUCCAGAAGCCACCGAGAUUUCCGAUCCAGUGGAGGAGCCUUCAACAGAUGACACCAAGUCACGUACUCUUUUCUUGCUGCUGCCCUUGCUGUUCCCCAAUACAUUCUAUGUACCAUAG